AUGCCAACUGAUCCUAAUGAAGAAAAGUUAUUUAAAGAUGUGAACGAUAUAGGUUAUACAUUAAUAGCGUUAUUUGCAAACGGAGAUGGCAAUUAUAUGUAUAAUGCAGUGGCCACUCUAGCAUCAGAAUCACAAUCGUUUGCAGUCGAAUUACGUCGUGUUUCAACCGCAUCGGUCAUUUCAUUUACGAAAAAGACGACAAUUCUGAGUACGACAAAGACACCAAGCGAGUUAGGCGAUACAGCGCCACAAGCUGAAAACACAGCACCGACGGAUUUCUUAACAACAACUGCAAAACUGGCCGAAGCUGUUCUUACAUUCAAAGAUAAAUCGUCGAAAGUAGUAUUUAUGAGUUUGAGCGGACAGAAAGAUCCAGAUUUGUAG